AUGUUUAUAAGAUUUAUUAGAUUUUUCAGGAUGAUAUUAUUAAUAAUAUAUUUCACGUUGCUCUUCAUAACUCGAUCCCAUGCGUCAUUUUGCGGGAAUGCUGGAGUUCCAUUUAGUUUAGAAGUUCUACCAUCAGGUGCGCCAGUGCUUGGUUGCGCUCAACCCAGCUGCGUAGCAACACCUGAUAACUUUAAAGAAGAUAGCAAUUUUUCGGAAGAUGUGGAAGGGCAAAGAGAUGGAUUUUUUAGAGAAGGAGACAGAAAUCUUAAAAGAUUUCGACCUAAAGAAUCUCAGAAAUUAGUUGCUAAUUGCUCUGGGAAAUUCGCUGAACUAUCCUGUCCACGAAAAGAUCAGUGGGUCGGUGGUAUCGAAUACAUUGAUCAUCCGCGUCAACCAUUGAUAUUGCAAUGUUGCACAUUUUCUGGUUUGCGAUUUUCGCAAGAAGUUGGGGUUAGUAAUGUUGGCAUUGGUGAAGCUAUAACCGGUGGUGAAGUUAUACGUGAUGGGCGCCAAAUAAGUUUUGAUGUGAUCGCUAAUGUACGUAAAGUGGUCGAUAUAAAUACACAUGCAAUUUCAUAUGAAGUAACUGUGCGGCGAAUGAAUUGUUUACCUGAUCCACCGGAGCCUGAAGUAUUAUGUAGGACUACGUAUUUCUUCAUUUAUUUUUUGAACUCAAUAUAG